AGUAGUACUAGUUAUGAGUCAAGUGAUAAAUCGGCGCUUAUUUGCUGCAGUGCAUUGGACGCCGGAGGCACUAAGUCUGAAUGGCAUCAGUGAAGCCCUAGAGUAUUACAUAAGGCGCCUACGCAAGGCCGACCAACAAUAGAAUAGAGUCGGCCUGGGUGACGGCGGGGUGAGCCGAACCGCCCACCUCUGUUGUUCUUCCUGCUCCUCCUUCCACUUUUGCCUGGCGUCACCAAGCCAAACCAGAAUCGCAUCCCAUUUUGGAAACAAGAUGAUGUCUCAAGCAACGUUAGAAGGUCUACCGGUAGAACUGCAUAUUUGCGUACUGUUCAGCAUACCUGACCUCGUCUCGGUCCGAUCGCUCAUUCUCGCCUCACCAAUAUACCACGAAGCAUAUCGCUUGGUGCGACAUGAACUUUUGAAAGAGCACCUGCGAAGAUAUUACGAUGGGCUUAUUGAAAUCCAAGAUGCAAUAGCUGCCGUUCGUUCAAGAGGCCUCUAUGCCAACACUGCAUCGAACAAGCCAAAGAUCAUUGCGCUCUUGGAUGCUUGGCGCCGCAGUGACGAGAUCCGCCGCCUGCGCUUAUCGCCUCAUGGAAUACUUCCCGAACAGCCCUCAGAUGUCAAUGAGACUAUAAAACUUUUACAAUUGCACAAGAUGGCGAACUUUAUUCUCGACGAUUACUCGAAAACCGCGAACUGCCCGGAGUGGAUGGACGGCGACAGAUGGAAAAAUGAGAUCCUACCACUAAGUCUAUCAAUUACGGAGAAGAGACGGUUUUUCCGGGCCUUCUAUCGACUGCAAAUCUAUGGCAACAUUUUUGGAGCCAUCGAACGUGCUGUUGACUCGGAAUGGUCCCUGGAGGAUAAUUCGUGGCACGACGGGGACAAUAAGAAUAAAGCCUUCAGUCCCGAGGAGGCAUGGCGCCUGCUUUUUAGUACUAUGGCUCCAUGGGAGGUCGAGGAGUUUGGCUGUUUUUGGAAGCAUUGCUUCAACCGAUAUAACCAGCCGUACUCCGAGGUAUGUGAGAACCUGCAACAGUUUGGUGUUAUGUUUUUCAGUGAUAUCCCUGAGGACCAGCGCCCGCCUGAUAUUUCUCACUACGACGACGUUGAUGAUGUUGCCAUGAAUGAAAGUGAAUGCCGCGAGACUCUUGUUUCUAAAGGUCCAGCAUUACUCUGCAAAGUUCUCCGCGAAGCGCAGCCUUUGGCCCGCCGAGAUUUGAUCCUGGUUAAUGCGUCUGGGCACAGAACUCAUUUCUAUGACUAUUGGCCACGGCCAAAUUUUGAGCCUGGAGCGUUACCUCUCCUGUACCCGGCAGAUAAGUUCAAUUUCAAGACGGACAGAGAUGGGUUCAAAAAGCUCUUGGAGACAUUGCCACCUUGGGAGCGACCUAACCUGGCCUGGGAACGGAGAUGGUUCAGAGACGACAAUCAAUACCGAGAAGUCUUCUUGGAUAUGUUUAACUAUGCACCAGAAAACAAGCACUGGGAAUGGGGAUACGCGUUUUGGGAUGAUGAAAGAGCUAUCGAGUGGAAAGCGCCCAUGUUGGAUGAUAUUUAUCCUGGAUAUGAUCAUUAAAUUCUUGUAUUUUAUCUUAUCCCCCCUAUUCUCCUUUGAGCACCAGAUUUGCGAUUUGCGAUAUUUUCAAUAAACUCAUGUUUCCCUUACUCAUAAAUGUUCCUAUGUUCUACUAAUCCCGUAUGUCUCCUAUCUUACGUCUCCUCUUUUCAAGGAUCCUUUCCAUAUCUUGUUUACGUCCCUAUCCUUUGUCAAAAAUCAGAUUUCCCGGGAAAGACCACCCCG